CAGCACAAGACAACUCUAAUAACUACGACUAGUUGUGGGUGGCCCUACUUUCUUCUAGUAUUGGUCUCCUCCGCAUCCUAUAAUGCCCAGAGAAGGAGAGAUAUCCGCCUAACUUGGGGGGUCGAUAGCUCUCUAAACCCGAGAUGGAAAACAGUUUUUCUUGUUGCUCAAACGCGAAACCGAACGGAGUCGGAAGCACUGUUGAGAGAAGGCGAAACCUUCGGAGACCUCAUACGCGCGGACUACUAUGAAAGUUACUGGAAUCAGACCCUGAAGAUACAAAUGGCGUUUGAGUGGGCUUCCUUGUACUGUAAUUUUUCGUUUCUUUUAAAAAUGGACGACGAUACAUUUGUUGACGUUAAAAGUUUGAUUUCACUUCUUGCCAAGCCUACAAUACUUAAAACAAAGUUAUACAUGGGUCAAUGCGAUGAGAGGAACUACGUUAAGAGAGAAGGAAAAUGGAAAGUUUCGUUUGAAGAAUAUAAUCAAACAUUCUAUCCAGACUUCUGUGCUGGAUACGGAUUUGUCUUGUCUUCUGAUGUGGUUUAUUUGUUCGUGGAGUUAUUUGACGUUGUUCCUUGGUUUAAAAUCGACGAUGUUUACAUUGGUAUGCUUGCAGAAAAAGCUGGAGUGAAACCGAAAUACAUGAACAAAUUUCGUAGGAAGGAACCACCAAUUAACACAACCUGUGUCAACCUGAAGAAACCCGGUGAUGUCUUAGUAUGGCAUGGAGUAACAGGAAAAUGUCUGUUUGACAUAUUUCAAGCUACACUGGAUUUUUAA